AUGCGAUAUUCAAAAGGACCUAAUAAGGGCAAAAUUUAUUCACCAUAUUUACAGAAAAAAGCUUAUGAAUCCAUAACUCAAAGUCUUUAUAAGCAUCAGUCCACAUAUAAGUCUCUACAAGAAUCUAAUACAAAAUUAAAAGCUGAUUUUAAAAGGCAUCACAGACAAAAUCAAACAUUAAUUAGAAAAACACAAUCACUUGGAGUUCAAAAUAGACAUCUUCGUAAUCAAAAAUCAAAUCAUAUAUCUAAAAUUCGUUCUUUAGUUCAAUGCUUUCAUCAGAUUUCUGACGCAACAUUUCAAAAAAAAAUUAAAUCUAUCUUUGAAACUAACAAACACAAAUAUACAUCUAAUACUGUUUGGCUUGCAACUAGUAUCUCACAAGUUGGCCAAAUAUCAUUAAAUUCAACAGUAGAAUGUAUGAAACUAAUUUAUGAGUUUUUAAUUGGAGAACCACCACAAAAUUGGCUAUCAAUUUCAACAUUGCGUACUUGGCAUCAGGAUGUUUCAGAAUUAUAUGUUAAUGCUCAAAUCUGUCAAGUAGCCAAUGCCUCAGCAUUCAGAAUUAUGGUUGAUGAAUCAACAAGAGUUUUAACUCAAUUUCAAGAUAUUCAAAAGUGCAAUGCAGAAACUGUAUGUGAAACUGAUAUUAUUAAUAUUAAACAAGAUGGUUUAGAUCUUACCAAAUGUACAUUAUGGGUAACUGACAAUACAGCAUAUAUGUCAGAAAACAAAGAUGAUGUGAUUACACUUUUUAAUAAAAGAAUAGGCUUAAAAUCAUUAAGAAUUGGAAGUGGACUUCAUAUAAUUCAAAUU